CUCUCUCUUGUAUUUCCAGUUUCUCUCUAUUAAACACCAAGCCUUUUCCUCUGUAUUCCAUUCUUAGUUUUAUAAAGAACAACAUUCAUUUCGGAAUUCAGAUCCAUUACAAGACACGAUUCUGUUGGCCUCAAAUCAAAUAUUUUCCGACCCGACAACCCUAGUUCCUCGUACUCUGUUUUCUUCUUUGAAUCGUUUCUCAUUUGCAGUUUUUUGGGUUUCAUUUAUUGAACUCAAUCAAAGUCCGUGAAUCAGUCAUUGGAUUCUCCACAGCCAAAACUCGGCAGUCAACUCAUCCCUCAAACUAUUCGUGCAAAAUACUGAAAUAAAUGUGAUCGAGCUGACGACUUAUUGGUUUGCAUAGUCAAUAUCUCUUUUGAGACUCUGGGAAUUUGAUUAAGGGAGUAUCAAGUUAGCUUAGUUUUAACAGUUGAACAUCCUGAACAAAAAUGUUGCAGCAGCAGCAUGAACUGUGUUCCUCUCGGAUUUUGUCGCCAUUUCGAGAGGAUGUCGGUGAUGAUGAGCUUUCGGUUCUUCCUAGACACACGAAAGUUAUCAUCACCGGAAACAAUCGAACAAAGUCGGUAUUGGUCGGUUUGCAAGGCGUCGUCAAGAAGGCGGUCGGCCUCGGUGGUUGGCAUUGGCUGGUUUUAAAGAAUGGAGUUGAAGUAAAGCUGCAAAGGAAUGCUUUGAGUGUGCUGGAACACCCGACAGGGGACGAAGUAGACGAUGAUCAUGAGUUUGAUAAUUCGAGCAGUGGCUCGGACAUUGCUAGUAGCAUUGAGUUCCACAGGCCUGCUAAACCAAGAGUUCAACAUACGAAACCAUGGGAUCCAUCUGCAUCCUUGAAAGCAGCCAAUCGCAGCAGUUACAGAGAUGUUCAAUCCAUUAUUCGUGCACCUCAAUUGGUAAAUUUGGCAGCACUCGACACCGACUCCUUGAGAAAAUAUUGCAGGCACUUCAAACUCGGUAGCAUCGAUGCUUAUUCACCAAGGGAACUAAUGCUUAACACUGUGCAGCAGCAUUUUAUGUCGCAGCCACUGCUCAACGACGUUCAGGUGAUCAUGGAAUUCAUCACCGCUGCUAAGAGAAUGAAAACCGACGAGUCGGUGUAAUGAGCAACAUCGUAGUUAUAUUCUACAUCUUAUUCUAACAUCGGAUUAGAUCCAAUUAAAAGACUAAUGGGGAGUAGUCGAUGGACCACCCGGAUGUCGUCCAGGGAUUCUAACCUUGUAAUAUAUAGCUUGUGGCCUUUGUUACUGUUCUAGUAUAUCUACCAUUCCAGUAGUGCACAUAUAUGUAGAUGUUAGAAC